UCCAGGGGGGACAUCGGAGACCCGGGCGGCUGACAGGGGGCCCGGACCGCUACGGUGUUGUCCUCCCAAGAUGGAGUUCCUCCUGGGGAACCCGUUCAGUACCCCGGUGGGGCAGUGCCUCGACCUUUGACCCAGAGCUUCUUAAACCUUUUCUACUCAAGACCUCUUCUUGCCUGAGAAACACAGCUCAGAAAAGGCAACAGAUGGCUCCCUGCAAAGUGAGGACUGGACGUUGAACAUGGAGAUCUGUGACAUCAUCAACGAGACGGAAGAAGGGCCAAAGGAUGCAAUUCGAGCCCUGAAGAAGCGACUCAAUGGGAACCGGAACUACAGAGAAGUGAUGCUGGCACUAACUGUGCUGGAGACAUGUGUGAAGAACUGUGGCCACCGCUUUCACAUCCUCGUGGCCAACCGAGACUUCAUCGACAGUGUCCUAGUCAAGAUCAUUUCCCCAAAAAACAACCCUCCUACCAUUGUACAGGACAAAGUCCUUGCUCUGAUUCAGGCGUGGGCCGAUGCCUUUCGGAGCAGCCCUGACCUCACCGGCGUUGUCCAUAUAUAUGAGGAACUGAAAAGGAAAGGGGUCGAGUUUCCCAUGGCCGACCUGGAUGCCCUGUCUCCCAUCCACACACCGCAGCGGAGCGUGCCUGAAGUGGAUCCCGCCAUGACCAUGCCCAGGUCCCAGUCGCAGCAGAGGACAAGCACCGGCUCCUAUUCCUCACCUCCUGCUUCUUACUCUGCUCUGCAGGCCCCAGCCCUGAGUGUGACUGGGCCCAUCACAGCCAAUUCAGAACAGAUUGCUCGGCUGCGGAGCGAACUGGACGUUGUUCGAGGAAAUACAAAAGUCAUGUCUGAGAUGUUAACAGAAAUGGUUCCCGGGCAGGAGGAUUCGUCCGACCUGGAAUUGCUGCAGGAGCUGAACCGGACCUGCCGGGCCAUGCAGCAGCGCAUUGUGGAGCUCAUCUCCCGGGUGUCUAAUGAGGAGGUCACUGAGGAGCUGCUGCACGUCAAUGACGACCUCAACAAUGUCUUCCUCCGCUACGAGAGGUUUGAGCGAUACAGGUCAGGCCGGUCAGUUCAGAAUGCUAGUAACGGGGUGCUGAGUGAAGUGAACGAGGACAACCUAAUAGACCUGGGCCCUGGCUCCCCCGCCGUGGUGAGCCCCAUGGUGGGGAGCACAGCUCCGCCUUCUUCCCUCUCUUCCCAGCUUGCAGGCUUGGACCUGGGCACCGACAGUGUCAGUGGCACCCUCAGUUCACUCCAGCAGUGCAACAAUCCCCGUGAUGGCUUUGACAUGUUCGCCCAGACGAGAGGGAACUCUUUGGCCGAGCAACGAAAGACGGUGACCUACGAGGACCCCCAGGCUGUCGCAGGACUGGUGUCUGCGCUUGACAGUAGGAAACAGAGCUCCGAAGCGAAGAGAGGUAAAGGAGGGGACUGUGACCUGGAGCCCAUAGACAGCUGGCUCAUGACCCAAGGAAUGAUCCCCGUUGCUCAGCCCUCUGUCAUGGACGACAUUGAGGUGUGGCUCAGGACGGACCUGAAGGGCGAUGACCCGGAAGAAGGAGUCACCAGUGAAGAGUUUGAUAAAUUCCUGGAAGAAAGAGCCAAAGCUGCUGAAAUGGCUCCCAACCUCCCCUCCCCGCCUGCGGAGGCCCCAGCCCCGGCCUCCACCCCUUCCAGCCGGAAGAAGCCCGAGCGCUCUGACGACGCCCUCUUCGCCCUGUGAGCUGUGCUGUGGUCCGGCUCCCCACACAGCAGGUCACCCCCACCUCACACCAGGCACUGGCCACUCCUCCCUCCCAGCCCCACAGGGUCCUGUGCUGCUGUGUCUCUUUGGAAAUGCCACUAUGUUUGCCCCCAGGCCUCCCACUAGUCAGGACCGGCUUCAGCCACUUUCCUCCCGGUGCAGGGGUGAGGUGCUGCAGCCAGAGGCCCGCCCUGCCCCACCCUCCUGCUCCACAGCCACCUCUGCCCACGUUGCUUUUGGGGAAGAGUGAGCGGUGGGGCCUGGCCUCAGGCAGGGCAGACCCAGGGGUCGUUUUCUUAGCAGACACCUGGACUGGCGUCUGGGCCCGGCCCCUUCCCGUGUCUCUGCCUCUGCCUGACUCCUGGCUCUGCUGGGGCUGGCCGACCCCCUGAGCCCCUCUGCUCCAGAAAGAGCUUGUCUGCAGCCGCAGCCCCGGGCUUCCUGCCCGGACUGCUGCUCCCUGACGCAUGCUACCUAUGGCACUUUAGAAGGCGCUGGGGGUGGCCACAUGUAGGGUCUCUCAUCUUCUUGAUCUCUCCAUCACUCAGCUGCUAGCCCAAUCGCAGGCCCCAGCUGGCUCGGGCCCUUGUGGGGAGGGACAGUGCCCAGGGCAGCUGGUUGGCAGUGCUCCCGUGGCGGCCUGUGAGACAGGCUGCGGGGGACACUCUCGGGGCUGCUGGGGAAGCUCUGUGGGGUCUGUGCAUGCUCUGCUUGGCGCUGUGACCUGACCUGGAGCAGCCUGGGGCCUCUCCAGGCCUGGCAGGGCCAGGUAGGUGACUAACAAAGAGAGGCCAGAGCCAGUGGAGGCCCAGUUCCUGAUUGUGAGGGCCUGGAGCUGUGCAAGGGAGGUCUGGCCUCCCCACCCCAGACUCCCCCAGGCCACCAUUCGCACCCUCUCUCCAAGCUAAGUCUGGGCCAAGCAGUUCAGGUCUGGGGCCUCCUGUCCCUGGCCAGGGACACUGCGUGCAUGACUGCAGUUCCCGAGCCCCUCUUGCCUGGCCUCAGCCCCAGAAGCAGCAGCGGUCUCAGUGGGCCGCCUCAGACAGAACGCGCGUCCUCAUGGUCCACGUCUGCAUUCCCGUGGGCACUCCACGCGGCACCCUUGGCCAGGUCAGUCAUGCCCAGGUCCCGCACUGAUGCCCCAGUGCAGCAGCCCAUGCGGCGGAGAUGGGCCUGACUCGGGUCUGAUGUGUGGAGCCAGGGAGAGCCACGCUGGCCAGCGGUUAUGCCCACCCGAGCCUCGUGCCCAUCUGGCACAGCAGGAGUGACUGCACGCCCAUCUGUCAGACCAGCUGGGGGUGUCACACUUCAGAUAUCAGACGACACCUGGAGCUCCUCUUUGCAGGGGGCCAGCCCGAUGGCUGCCCUGCCCUCUGGCAGCCUCUGUCCCACGACUGCUCCUCAGCCAGCCCAGCCUCUGGUUCCCCAGGACAGGCCCCCAGGUCAGCCUGAUGCUCCCGAGGUGAGCUGGCUUGACGUGGCCACAGGGAGAGACCAGGCUGACUCAGUCGUCCCGAACCCCCAGGUGGUAUGCCAGCCUGUACUCUAACAGGAUUCUUGGAGGGCGUGGGCCUUUCCCAGCCGACCGGAGCAGCCAGGCCGCAUCCUUGCCACAUUGCAAAGGGGGAGUCCCUGCAAGAGCGGCAGCCUGGAGGGUCCGAGGGAGAGGAGGCUCCUGGGAGCAGCAGGUGACACAGAGGCCCAGCCAGAGCUGCCCGCAUCCCAGUGUGCCAGGUGGGCCAGUGGACUCCAGAGGCUGGCGGGAAGCCACUGGCCCACACAGAGGAGAGUCACCUGCCUUCCCAGUCAGGGCUGCCCCGCAGGCUCUCCAGUACUUCCUGCCCAGACAGGAGUCCAGAGGCAGCCCCACCCCGGGCUGGGGGACCCUUGAGGCUUGUGCAGGAAGAAGCAGGUGCAGGCCAGGUGCCCUUGAGAAGGCUCUGUGCAGCCCUUCUGGGUGGCCUGUCCUGGGCCAUGUGGCUUGUGGCUCCUGGUGGCCUCUGGGGAGCGCAGCCCAUACUGCCUGGCUAGGAAACAGGCCCAACCCCCACCCGGCCCCCCAGGAGAGUGAGACCCUCUGAGCCACCCAACUCUCCACGAGUGUUAGACAUCACAGAUACAGUAUGUACUUAAUUACACUAAAUUAUUGCUGGGACUCCUUAUAAGCACUAAUUAUACCUGAUUAGAGGUUAAAAUAUUUAUUUUGUCAAAAUAUUUUCUUGGGGAUGUGUUUAACCUUUCCUGUGUUCAUUGUAUGUGGGAUUACAAAUGAGCCUCUCUCCUGCCACCCCUGUGGGCAGGGGCAGCAGGGACUGACGUUUUGCAUGUUUGACCCAGGGAGAUGGGGUGGGUGGUGGCCUGGGGCCAGCCUGCCCCACCCAGAGCCUGUUCAUGGCACCCCCUGAGCACUGAGCAGGGAGCACCACGCCCCCCUCGGUGUGCUAGGAUGAGGGGCCCAACAGAAAAACUUCCUUGCUGCCCCAGGGCUCAAGGAAGAAGUGACUUGUCUGUCUUCUGUCCUGUCUUCUGUGUCAGUCCCCCAGCAUGAGCGACCAUGCUGUCUCCUGGACCCUGUCUCAGUGUCUGUCCUUCCUUCCUCUCCCGGGACCCAGAGCAGAGGGGUGGGAGGCUGGCUGGGACAAAGCACCCCAGAACCAACUCCUGUGGGCACAGUCUCCCUGACCUCCCCUCUGUCCGUGCGCCCUUCCCUCCCCCGCCCUUCUGCCAUCAGCGCCAUAGCCAAGCUGUGUGCUCAGGAAAUGCCCCCCUGUGGUACCAGCCUCUCCUAGUGCCCUUUCCUGUCCAUGGGGGGUCCAAGCCGCCAAGCUGGGCUUCCCUGCAGCUGCCAGCCAGCCUGCCUGUGUCUGCGGUCACUCUGCUUCUCUCUGUAGGGCCUCCAGGUCCUCUGGAGAAAGGGGCAUGUGGUAUUUAUUUCUGAAAGUUUGCACUUCAUUCAUAAGUGUUCUCAGGAUUGUUGGGGGCUGCUGAGAAGAGAGUGUGUUGCGUUUGUUGUCUGGUUGUCCCAGUCUGGUGUCUGUCACUGUCAUGCAGUUCUGUGGGCAGAGCCCGCGAGUUCUGAGCAGGGUCAGGACCCUUGGUCACUCCCACACACCGGCUCUCCAUCCAGACAUCAGCUUCCUAGCGUGGGUUCUUGCAUGUAAAAUACUCCAUGAUAAAUAAACACGCGAACCAAC